CUGCCUCAUUAGGAAAUGGCCAGCAUGUUAAAAAAAAUAUAUUGCUUCAUUUGUUAUUGUAAUAGUGAUUGUAAAUUUAUAUAUAUUGUUUCAUUUGUUACAGUCAGUAAGAAAGCUUAUUCUUUGCAGCAAAAUCGAAGUCGACAGCCUGGUGCCUCUGGUCGAUUACACCGGACCCAAAGUGGUGAUUGGGUUUGGUCUAGUGAUGAAGAAGAAGAAGAUAAAGAUGAUGAGGCUGAUAAAAUCUCAACGAGUAGUUGUGAGAGUGGUGGAGAAAAACAGUCACAGCCUCAGCAGUCAGAUGCUCACCAGUCACAGAACCAGUCAUCACCAUCUUCACAAGUGCAGUCGCAGGAGCAACCACAACCACCACAGCCAAGUCCUGUGGCAGCAGCCCAGCCACAGCAGUCUCAUUCACAGCCAGUACAACCACAAACAGCUUCUCAGCAGCAGACUUUACUGCUUCAGCAACCACAGCCUCCAUUAAAUUAUCAUCCGCAAGUAGUGCAGCAGUACCAGCAGCCAGUUGCUGGAGCAGUUGUUCCACAGGUGUAUCCAACACAGUAUCAGCAGCAGCCACAGCAAGUCAUCCAACCAGUUGCUGCUCUCCAACCACAGCAGUUGGCCUCACAGCAUUUACUCCAACAGCAGCUACCACAACAGCAGUUGCCUCAACACCAGUUACCACAGCAGCAGUUAAUCCCACAGCAGUUACCCCAGCAGUUACCCCAGCAGUUACCCCAGCAGUUACCCCAACAGUUACCCCAACAGUUACCCCAACAGUUACCCCAACAGUUACCUUCUCAGCCAUACCCACUCCAGCACAUGCAACAACAGCCAGUUGGAAUAAUACCACAGCAGGUUCCAAAUAUGAUGCCUGGGGUUAAUAUGGUACCAGAUAUGAUGGUAGCAUCUAUGGCACCCGUUGUCCCUACCAGCAUACCUCCAGGGGUCGGGUACCCUCAAGGUGUACCUGAAGUUGUGGGUCAGAACGUACCCCAGUCCGUUGCCAUGGGUGGUAUACCUCACAUAAUGGGUGAGGGUCUUGGGGGAUGUGUGGUGCCAGCCGUCCAACAGGCUUCCAUGGAUAGUGAACCUAUCAACUUGGUGCUCAGGGUCAGAAACCAGAAGAGAGAACUAAAUGAUAUUCGUUUUGAAUUCACCGUUGGACGAGACACAUCAGAGGGGGUAGCCUCAGAAUUAGUAGCCGCUGGUUUAGUCGAUGGUAGAGAUCUAGUUGUUAUUGCUGGCAACUUAGACAAGAUUACACAGUAUCCAGAAAUGGGACAAAACCUUACUUUUAGAUUGAAUUCAGAUUGUGAACCUAGUGAAGUGCCAGAUGAUAAGGCAUUAAUAGGGUUUGCUCAAUUAACAAUCUCCGACUGACGAGCUUGUGAGGGCAUCCCCAACACCUGUGCACCAUCACCCUCGCCUACAUUUUGCGAGGAAAGUCCAAGGUGUCAGCCAGGAGGCUUAGCAACAGUCCUAAUAAUGUGAUUUGUGAUGAUCAAAAAUUGAUUUUAGUAUUUUUCAUAGCAUAGAUUUUUUUUUUUUCAAGGUGAAAUUAUGGAACUGAGGAAGGAUUUUGUAAACUGCAACAUAUUCUGUGAUGUUUAAAGUAAGUCUUACUCUUCCUUAUAAGACUUUUGAGUCGAUUUUUUCUUAUUUUUACUUAGUGCAAUAAAGUUAACUUGCCAGUUACAUUUGCAUUGUCAUAUUUGCUAUGACUGUAAUUUUUUUUUCAUUUUUUUUAUGCUAUAUUUCAUACUUGAUGCAUACGAGAGUUCAUACCUGUAACAGUCUGCAGGUAGUCAUAGGCUUUGAUAGGAAAUAAGCCAGUUUCCUUUAGUCUCAGUAUUUCUUGAAUGGACCCAUUUUAUUAUUGCUGUAGAUUGAAAUUGAAUCAUUUAGACAUUUAGUUUAACAAUAAACACAUGCCAGCUGUUACCUUGGGAACAUGUGACCAGCACUUUACAACACUUUAAUUCUAGCCAUUACCUUGGGAACAUGCGAUCAGCACUUUACAUUUUAAUUCUAGCUGUUACCGUAGGAGCUUGCGACCAGCACUUUACCAGAAUCCUCAUGAGCCAGGACUUAUUUUAUAUUCGGAGAAAUUUCUCGAGUGUAGCCAUCAAAUUACGAGUUGGAGAAUCAAAAUUCAGGUUAUAGAAAUUACAAAUCAGUAAAGUGACCAAUUUCAUACUUGAGUUUUGAAAACAUUUCACCAAAAUCCCUCAUAUAGCAGAGGACUUUUCAUAAUGACAUUUCGGUCCUACCUUAUACGGUAAUUCCUUGACUUAUAAACACGUUGAGAAUCUUCUGUUUUGUGUAUAAUAUCAUUAUUAUAUGUACACAAUACACAAGGUCCCCAAUGUGUUCGUAAAUUGAAGACUUCCCUUAUUGUGAAUAUUGCUAACAAUUCAGGAGGUCUCCAAUGUAUGUGUUUGUAAGUCUAGGAAUUGCUGUACCUAACCUCAAAUCCCCACCCAUUCCAUGAUUUGUUUGCAGUCAUGUUAUUAUGUUUUCAUUAGUCCACAGAAGAGGAUCAUAGGCCAUUCCAGGGAUGUUAGAUUUGGAAACAUUUGUGAGUGUAUGGGGUGAAGUUGCUGGAAUCUCAGUGAGAUUAUGGGGUGGAAUUGCUGGAAUCUCUCAGUGAGAUUAUGGGAUGGAGUUGCGGUAGUCUCAGUGAGGUUUUGGGGUGGAGUUGCUGGAAUCGCACAGUGAGAUUAUGGGGUGGAGUUGCUGGAAUCUCAGUGAGAAUAUGGGGUGGAGUUGUUGGAAUCUUAGUGAGAUUUUCCAAUAAGGAGUCAAUUUAUUACCUUUAAUGAGUUUCGAGAGUUGUUCUACUGGAGCGGGCCGUGGACCAGGCUCAUCUAGCAUUCACCUGGUCAACCAGGCUGUUGGUCUGUCAUGGACUACUGCCAAGUGACAACUAUCAACUUGACAGUGGUCCAGGAUGGUCUGACAUGUCAUCAUAAAGUUCUAAGUGCAGGUUUUUUGGUGAAUUGUUUCAGUCAUGGUAUUGUGACUGUCGUCUUGACAAAAUUCUUUACAAAGCCUUCCUUGAGGCAGCCAGUGCUGGACUGACCACUCCAGCAGUGUUGCAUGGUUGUGUAAAAUUGCUCUCAUAUUCCAUAUCGAGUCUAUUAUUGCCUUGUAGUUUUUUAAACGAGAUAUUGCAAAAAUGCAUGAUCAGUGACCUAAAAUAUUGUAACUACCUAAAUUCUCAUUAGAUAUUUCAUGAUCAAAAAAAAUGACCUGUUUUCGUUUUACCAGUUUUGAUAUUGACCAAAUUAUCUUGCAAGGUUUUCAGAUAAACAACUCGGUUAAACAAACUGUUUGUAUUGCACACAUUUAAAAUGUAAACGACUUUGUGGAGCAAAAGGCAGUAUAGAUAAUGCUGGACUUAAAAAGUUGGUAUGGUUUUUGUUGUUGACGAAAGUUUGAGGUUUUGAGAAAGUUGCCAGGGUAGUAUUCCCACUCCUAAGAGCUUCAGUCUCCGCUUAAACCCUCAGCAUAACAGAUUAAUAGGGGGAUUCUUCGAGCGCCUAUUAAAUAAAAAAAAAAUUUAGAAAAUAGCCAAAAAGAAUUACAGUACUCAGUUGGUUGAUCAGGCUCUGAUCCACCAGGAGGCCUGCUCACAGACCGGGCCGCGGGGGCGUUGACCCCCGGAACUCUCUCCAGGUAAACUCUCCAGGUAAGCUCUACCUAGCACCCAUUAAAUCAGAUUUUUUUAGAAAGUAGCAAAAAGCACUUGGGUAAUAUACCUAGUAUAGUGUUAUAUAAUCAAUUUACCGAUUUACAGCAAUAAAUGCUGGAAUUGUAUACACUGAAAGUAUAAUUUACCCAUUGGAUAUUCUUAUUAUUUCGUAAGUCCAUUACAGCAAGAAUUUACUGAUUUGCAGCAUCAUGUUAACUAAGUAUGUAUUAAGUUUCCCAGCAAGAGUUUACUGAUUGAAAAAUGUCAAGUUAGUAUAGUACAUACUAAGUUUUCCAGUAAGAAUUUACUAAUUUAAAGCAUCAAGUUAGCAAAAUAUAUACUAAAUUUCACAUAUACUUCAGUAAUUUUUUCUUUGGUUACAAGUCUUUCCUGUCAGACAAAUCAUUUGACUGAAACUGUUGUUUAAAAUUUUGGUUUAGGUCAUCAUACAUUAAGCUCAGUCUGCUUUUAUUAUUCGGAGAUACUGCAAGUAUUUUGUUAAGCCCUGGUAGAUUGAACUGAGUGUUAAGGGGAUGUCAGUUACUUUCUUGUUUAUCAAUAUAUAUAUAUAUUUUAGAAAGCGUAAAUAAUUGUCCUCAUUGCUCAUGAAUCAUAUCAUAUAUAUAUAUUGUCAUUUGUGUGAUGUUAUUAUAGUGUUGGUGAUGAAUUUGUAAUACACGAUUUCAUGAAAAUGAAAUGUCCAAAUCUUUAUUCUAUUUUUUUCACACCAGUGGAUAGUGUUCAUUCUGAGAUGGCCUUAAGAUGCAUCCUUUCCUAGUAGUUAGACUAGCUGUGCUUUUUCCACUUGAACAGAUUUCAGGAUUUUUACUCGAGGGUAAUUAAUGUGCAGGAUUUGUGUGUGAAUUUCAAUGCAAUACUAUGCAUGGUAAAACAGUACGGGUGCCCCUCGACUUACAAUGGGGUUACGUUCCGACAGACCCAUCAUAAGUCAAAAAUAUCUUAAGUCAAAUGUGAAUUAUUUUUUUCAACAAGCUGGCCAUAUCCCACAGAGGCAGGAUGACCUAAAGAGAAAAAUGAAAGUUUUUCUUUUUAAAUUUGGUAAUUUAUACAGAAGAGGUUACUAGUCUUUUGCUCCCAGUGUUUUAGUUGCCUCUUAUGACAUGCGUGGCUUAUGGAGGAAGAAAUAAAUAAUUACUUUAACUAAAUACCAGUAUUGAAAAGUAAAUAAAUUAACACAAGUUACAGACUUGCCCUUUCAUCUCCAAAGUAAUUGCUUAUGCACCAUUGUAAAGUUGAACCAUCGUAAGUCAAGGAGCAUCUGUACAGUUAUGUUAAGGUGACGCCGGAGUCAAAUUACGUCUUGAAGUACACGUGGUAAGGAAGCCCGAGGGUGAUAAUGAAUAUUCUGCCUCUUGAGAAGACGGAUAUACGUACUUUUUCGAGAUGCAUUCCUCUCUCUUGCAUUUUACACUAGAUACAUUACUUAAAUGUUACAGAUAUAGUUACUAUGCCAUAAUGUAAGACCUUCAUUGCCCAUGGGCUGUGUCCUACACCAUUGUAUUGCAGUGCAGCUGUUCAAGGCAAUGAAUGUUGCAACUCUCAUGAGCAUUAUCAAGAUUCAGAAUUAGCAAGGGUAAGCAUUAAUUUUUUUUCACAGUUCAGUUACUGUACUUAGUUAACUGCACCAUUUUGCUGGUACAUAUUUCUCAUGGUAAUAAAUUCACCAAGGAGAAUAAAGUAACAUGAAUAAAAAUCAUAGGCAUGUGAGGUGGGGGGGCCUGA